GGCGGGGCCCGCUCCCGGUCCCGGGGGGGCUGCCUGCGGGCCUACCCGGCGCUGCCGGUGUGGGUGGUGGAGGACCACCAGGACGUGCUGCCUUUCAUCUAUCGUGCCAUCGGUUCAAAGCAUCUUCCUGCCAGUAACAUCAGCUUUGUUCAUCUUGAUUCCCAUCCAGACCUUCUUAUUCCUGUGAAUAUGCCUGCAGACACUGUAUUUGACAAAGAAGCUCUUUUUAGUGAAUUAAGUAUUGAGAACUGGAUUAUGCCUGCUGUUUACGCUGGCCAUAUUUCUCAAGUAGUAUGGCUUCACCCACCCUGGGCUCAGCAGAUCUCAGAAGGAAAACACAGUUUUUUAAUUGGGAAAGACGUAUCAACAACAACAAUGAGGGUUACAGGUACAGAUCAUUACUUUUUAAGUGAUGGUCUUUAUGUCCCUGCUGAUCAGCUAGAAAACCAGAAGCCUUUAAAUUUACAUGUCAUUCUCAUCAAUCCUACUGAAGCAUCAAACAGCUGUGAAGAAAAUGGUGAAGUAGCAUCUGCUAAGAGACUGAAGCUAAACACAGAUGACACAGCAAGCACCACUUCUGCCUCUUCAUCAGUGGAUCCUGGUGACCUUGAUCACAGCACCCCAAGUGUGAAGAAAAAGGAAGUACAAAAUUCAAGUGCCCUGAACAGGGCAGAAACCUUGUCAGAGUGCUCAGCUUCAAGCUCUCUUGGAAAUAGUGAAUGCCCAAUAAGGGAAGUUGUUAAAGAUGUCUGCCAAGUACUGCAGAAAGGGGAUGCAUAUAUUUUAGACAUUGAUUUAGAUUUUUUUUCGGUUAAAAAUCCAUUCAAAGAAAUGUACACACAGACAGAAUAUGAGCUUUUGCAAGAGUUGUACAAUUUCAAGAAGCCUCAUAGAAAUGCAACAGAGGAGGGCUUGCUGGACUGUGUUGAAAACCGUGUUCAUCAGCUAGAAGAUCUGGAAGCAGCAUUUGCAGAUUUGUGUGACAAUGAUGAUGAGGAGACCCUACAGAAGUGGGCUUCCUGUCCUGGAAUGAAGUCGCUUGUUCAGCUAGUUCACAGUUUGAAAACCAGGAUGGAAAGCCCAGACUAUGAAAUGGUCCAUCAGGCUGGUCUGACUUGUGAUUAUAUGGAGCUUCCUCACCACGUUAGCACCGAAGAGGAGAUCGAAGGCCUCAUACAAUCCAUUAAAGUUCUACUAAAAGAUAUGCCUAAGCCCACACUUGUGACAGUUGCUCGAUCAAGUUUGGAUGACUAUUGCCCUUCAGAGCAGGUUGACAUCAUUCAAGAGAAGGUUCUCAAUUUACUAGGUUUGGUGUAUGGCACUCUGGAUGUGCACUUAGAUUACUCAAGCACCUCAUCUUCUUUGUGACCUUUCUUGACGUAUUGCCCUCUAAUGCAGUGAAUUAAUUUAAAUUGCAUAUUAGCUGUGGUUGCAAGGGGAAAAAUACCAUUGUUUCAGCAGGUGGCACUAGAACCCAAGCUGACCAACAGCUAGUUUUGAGUUGCAUUGCUUUCUCCAAAUCAGCUGCAUCUGAACUGUUACCUGUUUGGCUUUGUUCAGAUUAGUUCUGUGAUUAUUAUUUUUACUGUCUUGCUUCAUAAAAUUAGUGCAAGGUAAACUAUUUUUUCUCUAUAAAAUGUAUUUUUUCACCUGAUUUCUUUUAAGUGGCUGUAAAAAAUAUAUAUAUAUAUAAUUUCUUAAAAUAAAUGGAUUUCUUUUAUGUAAUUAAACUUGUUUUGAUGGAGUUUGGUGAGCAACAGACAUGUUCCUGAGUUGCAUUGUACCUUUUUAAAAAAUUAUUUCAAUAAUGUCAUUAAGACAUUAAGUUUACAUAGUGAUCUUUCUUAACAGCUGUGGUCGAGAUGACCAGGCAUCCCUCUAUCAUUUCUCUAGAGCAGCUUAUGGCUUCUGCCCUAUCCACAAAAUAUCAUUUAUAUUUAUACUCCCUUGCAUUAAUAUUGUCUUAUUUUGCCUUAGACUAUUUCACUGGUGACUCAGAUAAUAUCCCUAAUGUAUGACAUUAGCUUGGUAUUUUCGUUUUUACAUAUUUUUGAGGAUAAAAACUAUGUGUGCAUGUGCAUGCUUUUAUCUGUUGAAUCCUGUAAAGAGUUGAAUUGAUGUUUUCUUCAGAAACAGAGAUUUAACUUGACUGAAGUCAGCAGCAAAACCUUCCGCACCAGGUUUUCACUCAUUUCAGUAUUGCUAUUUGGAAAAUAACAGUUUUAAAACUAUUUAAUUUAGAAAGCAAUCUGGUUCUAGAGAAAACUGCCACUUCCAGAGGAAAAAAAACCCACAGGAUUUAUUUGGGAAUGAAACCGAAAUGGGAAAGAGAAAAUACUACCUAGAAUAUUGUCUUUUAUUAUGAAUAAAUUUUGCUUGUAAUUUCUUCUGAAAUAGUUAAGUUCAUUUGUUAACAUUAGUAUUUGCUCUACAGGGACUGUGCACUCUUACAGUUUUUUGCUACUUCUGCUGUUGAUAUAAAUGACUAUAUUAUAGAUUGAAAAUAUAGAAUAAUUUUAAAAUAUUUCUUCCAGUAGAAUAAAUUCCAUGACCAUGGACCUAUUUUCUUCGUGCUUAUGCAUUCUGUCACAAAGAUGUGGCAAGCCUUGGAUCCAAGAUGCUUAAUACUUCAUAAAUUAUAAACACCCGUACAUUGCGUACAGAAACGAGUGGACUCAGAUGACAUACUGCUUGAGUAAAGUUUUUUGUUUUCUUUAGAGUAAGAGAUGCUCUUUGCUGGGCUUUGAAUGAGGUUGUAGAAAACAAAAAAACCCAUUGGAUCAAAGGUGCCGGGGGUACUUCUGCACUGUGAAGAAUUAUGUUAGCCCCAGAAAGAGAAGUGUGCAGGGU